CGCCAGUCAGUUGUGUGACAACUAUCGUUCAGCGUGUUACCGUCUUCCUUCCGUCGAAAGUUAGUCUAAGAUCACCAUUUAAAUUUCAGAAACACUGGACGAUUUCGGCUUUUACAGUGAAACAGUUUCAUUUUCAAUAGAAAACUAACUAAAACGAAAUAUGUCCGACCAGCAGGGAGACGACGGCAGCGAGUGGAAAAAAUCGUUGCCCGGACUCUCUGGGUCGGAUAAUCCGCUGUGCACGCCAAAGCAGAUCAAAAACUUAACUUUGGACGAAUUGCGCCGGGACGAGAGACUUUGGAUUGCCUACGAGAGGGGUUGGUGUGAUUUGUUGCGGUCAUUCAUGAACAUGCAGCUGAUGCAGUCGGAAACGUCAUAUAUGUUGCCUGAACUCACGCGGCCUGGUAUACUGGACCACACAAAUGCUGCAGCUUCCAGUGCAGCUGACACAGCAGCGAAUGCAUCUAAUCCGGAGAGUACUUUGAGUGGCGAUCCGAUGAAUGCAUUACCUGCAUCAAAUGUGAUUACCAAGUCGAGUACAUUAGGUACUGUGCAUAUAUCGGGUGCAGUGGCAAGUGCAACUGUACCCGAAAACGGUUCGCCUAAACGGAUUGACGUUCACGCUCUCACGUCCCGUAUAAAGCGGACUUACAAAUAUACUGAUGUUCGUCUGUGCGAAUUCCAAGGACUUGGGCCACAUGAUGUACAACAAGAGUCGUCAGAAAACGGUCCCUACGAAUCCAGAGUGAUUGGGGACUCAGGCGUGACUGAGCAGCUGUCAGCGAUCAGGAUCAAAAUUACGACACCAGAAGCAACAGAAUUCGAACUCACCGAUAUAUUCGGCGACGACGAGAAGCCAAACGCUGACAACGAGUAGUUUCUGUCUGCUAAAAAUCGAUUUUAUACAAUAUAAUAUUAUAAUAAAUAGUUAUUCUGUAUUCAUAAACAUUAUAAUCAAGACUUGGAAGUUAUAGCACCAAAAUAGUUACUUUUUAGCACUUUAAUGUACACUUAAGAGUUAGAAUUACCAAGAUUAGGUUAAUUAAAUAUCACUUAAAAUUGAGAAAUAUGACAUACUAUUAUGAUAAAAUACAAAUUUAUAAAAAAAACCGAAUCGAUAAACAUUUGU